UCGGCUACAACGGGAUUCGCAUUGUCGACGGAGGCGACUAUCACAGAAUCCUACUUCCAGUCUCGCCGCUACGAUUUAGCGCCAUGAUCUUGUUAUCGCCUAAACCCGUAGCAUUGAGCAUUUCCCUAUUCAUCUCUGUGCGAUUCAUUUAAAUUGAGAGUUUUGUCGCGGUGGUGUUGUUGUACAUAUGUAGUGGCUUCAUGUAACUUCGAACGUGACGUCAUUGGACCUGCGCGAUCCGGGUCAAAAUACGUUCGCUAGUGGCUAUACCUCGUCUAUUUGUAUCAUGCUUCAGAGCAUCGCCAUGACAGGGGUUUCGUCUGCUCUCCAUUGUUGAUCAUUAUAUCCACGUGAAUUAUUCGAUGCUUUCUUUGACUCUCUAUGAAUAAAGGCCAUACGUUUUGGUAUCUCUCUUGUAUCAAGCUGCCAGCCGGCGAGCAUUGCUAAGCACGCAAAAUGGCCACUGGACGUGCCGCAGAGGUACAGCGUAUGAAGGAAGAGGGAAAUGCGUGUGUCAGAGAAUUAAAAUAUGAAGAGGCCAUGUUUCACUAUACACACGCGAUUAAAGUGGAUCCGCAAAAUUAUUCGUUGUACAGUAACCGAUCGUAUGUAUUUCUUAAAAUGCAGCAAUAUCAUUUUGCUCUGGAAGACGCCUUGAUGACGAUACAACUGAAACCCGACUGGACGAAGGGUUACUUUCGGAAGGCUGAAGUCGAAUAUCACACAUAUCGUUUCAACGAAGCCGUGCAGUCUUACAGUAAGGCCUUGUCGCUUCAACCAAACGAUCCUAGUAUACUAGAAGCGAUGAACAGGGCUUCGAGACAGCUCAUCAAAGACAUACGAGCCGACCAGCAGAUACCGUGGCUGGGUGCUGGUGUUGGAAUAAUCCUUGGAGUAAUAGUAGUCAUCGCAGAUUACGUGUUCACGAAUAAGCCGACCUUGACCCAUCCCCUUCUGAUGGCUCUGCUCACCAUAUCCAUAGCAAUGCUGGGAUUUGCUAUCGCAAAAGGAUUUCGUUAUUUCGUGAAGUGUCAGCGACGUUCCCUUCUCGAGCCACCAAUCGACCUUACCGACGGUGGCGAUGAAAAGCAAAAAAGUACUGAUAACGACAAAACAGCUGACAAAGAGAGACACUCGAAAUAUAGUAAAGCCCAAGCUAGACAAAGAUUCAAGCGAGAAAAAUCGUAGCAAAUAUCGCAAGUUAACUUACCAUUCAGUCUUGUUUAAUCAUGCACUUUAAUCUUCGAAAAAUUUUGACUGAUAACUCCUUAUCGAUUUUAAUACUCCAUUAUGGAGAAUAUUUGCCAAAAAUUCAAUCAUCAUCGUAUCAAUAUAGCCUUCACUGAUAAUUGAAUCGGCAAAAGAACGUAAAAGAGCUAUAGGCACUAGUAGUUUAUAUGUCAAAAAUCGAUAUCGAGUCGAUUUCUACAUGACCUUUUCUUUUAUUACAAAAAGCGCAUCAUUUAACUAUAAUCUUAAUUCUUGGUGCCAGUUUUGAAGCAUCGAAAUCUUAAGAUGUCAAACGUACGGCAGCGUGUGUGGCAUAUCCUUAGCAAGUAUUUGUUUGUAUAUAAAGAUACAACGAAGUUCUUAUUGUUUAAUUAACCCGCCUAAGUAGAAGUUGCAUACAAUCAACAUACUGAUUAAUGUAUGUUUACGCCCGUGUCUAAAAGCGCGAGUUUUUUGUUUUUGCGAAUUACCACGAGUGACUUGCACAAAGUCAGAUCUGUAAAUUUCGAACAGCGAUUAAUUGCCGCUGCGUAAAAGUAUUUUGAAAAAAAAAUAUUGUAAGACUUUAUCAUCAAGUUUCCAUUUUCAUUAACAUACAAAAACCAGUGGCCAGCAUUUCUAGAUAUUGUAAAUAUUCAUUUUACGCGAUGAGCAGAUGCGAGCGUACGUUUAGCAAGGUAUCUAUCAAAUUACAUAUCCCACAAGAAUUCUAUUAUUGUUACUGUUUAUUAAGUAAUCAUAAAUUUACCAAGAACUCAUAAAACCAAACGAGCUCUCGUUUUUUUUUUUAAUAAUUUUUCAGAUCAUUAAGCGCAUAACCAUUUUACUUUUUGUUGUUAUUUUCAACUCUGCUAUAUAACGAUUAUGUAAAACAAUUUUAAUGAAGAAUACCUCACGACAUCUGCAACGCUAGAGACUUUCGUAACGAGAAAAUACCAGGAGCUGCAAAGAUUAGCUGAUAAAAGAAGCAUUGCUCUUAAUCGUCAUUACAAUGGCAAUGCACUUGUCUUUGCGUCUUGACCAAGUGUUUGGAAUCAGUGCGAUAAUAAUUAACACGCGAUUGAAGAUUUUAUACCGAUACCCAAGAUUAGAAGAAGACAGCUUAACUGCAGUAUACAAUUAAGAAUAAUAUUCUAGACUAUAGCGAUUAAAGUUAAAAAAAUUUUCAUAUAUCAAUACCCGUAUGUCAAGUACGCUCUAUUAAUUGAAUAUUAAUAAUUCAUUGAUAAUCAACAAAUGAGUAUGUAUAAAACCGUAGCCUAAUUACUUUAUACGUUGACGCGCAGUGAUACAACGAUAAAAUAAACGGACCUGUAGAGCAUUCAUAGCGCUCGAAAGGCUUUAGACAUUG